AUGAGUAUAUUAGUUAUUAAUAUAAGCAGUGCUGGCAACAGUUUGAUUGAUCAAAGUCAGACAGCUUUUCCAUUUUCUGAGAUCUCUGAAAGUUUAACAAUUGUGCUGGCCACUGUGAUGAUCUUCACAACCACCAUGGACAUCUUUGGGAACAUACUAGUGGUGCUGUCUGUGUUACAAAACAAAAAACUCAGGAAUGCUGGUAAUAUGUUUGUUAUCAGUCUUUCUGCAGCUGAUAUCCUUAGUGCUGUUUACCCAUACCCUUUGAUGAUCAGAUCUAUUUUACAAAACCAGUGGCAGUUUGGAAAAAUGCAAUGUCAGAUUUCAGCUUUCUUUCAAGGUUUGAGUUUCAGUGCUUCUCUGUAUAACAUCAUGGUGAUAGCAAUCAAUCGCUGGUGCUGCAUUUGUCAUGGGAUGAAAUAUGACAAGAUAUUCACCAUGAAGAACACCUACUGCUAUAUAUUCCUGACAUGGACAAUUAGCAUCAUUUUAACUUUACCAAAUCCCUUACUGGGAGCUUUAAAAUAUAACCCACAAAUAUACAUUUGUACAUUUUUACCCAGUGUAAAUAAAGCACUUACUAUUGGUAAUACAGUUGGCCUUUUUAUUUUGCCAGUAAGUAUUGUAAUCCUGUGCUAUGCAAAUAUCUGGAUUGUGGUCAUUCAAGUCAAAUACAGACUCAAAAAAGACAGCAAACAAACUCUCCACUCCACAGAUAUGAGGAGCUUUCUGACAAUGUUUGCAGUAUUUGUAGGUUUUGCAUUCUGCUGGGCCCCAUUAAAUAUCCCUGGUUUGAUUGGAGUUUUCAGCUCGCCGGGAAAAGCACCGCAUUUUCCAGACUGGUUGUUUGUUCUUGGUUUCUUUUGUGCAUCCUUUAAUAGCUGCCUUAAUGGUAUUGUUUAUGGAGUUUUUAAUAAGAAUUUCCGCCAGGAGUACAAACGAAUACUUUUGUCACUGUCAACAUUUAUAAUAAGAGGGAAAAAGUGA